ACGGCACUUUAAAGAUUCGCGAUCACUUGCCGAUACGACUGACGAUGGCUGCUGCUUCAUCCAAGGUGACGACCAAAUACCCGCACUUGCUCACGCCGCUGGACUUGGGUUUCACGACCCUCAAGAACAGAGUGCUCAUGGGCUCUAUGCACACGGGGCUGGAAGAAGGGCGCUCGCUCACGAAGCUCGCUGCGUUCUUCUCAGAACGAGCUCGUGGGGAUGUGGGCUUGAUUGUCACCGGUGGCGUGGCCCCGAAUCGAGCUGGUCGAGUGAGUCCCCUCGCUGGGAAAAUGACCACGUCCAGCGAAAUCAACCGCCACAAGGAAGUCACGCAAGCGGUCCAUGGCAACGGGGGGAAGAUAGCCAUGCAAAUCCUGCACAGCGGACGGUACGGGUACCAUCCGUUCACGGUGGCGCCGUCUCCGAUCAAAGCGCCCAUCGGAUGGUUCACUCCCAAGGAACUGUCCCAUCGCGGCAUCCAAUCAACCAUCAAGGACUACGUGCAAUGCGCCGUGAACGCUCGCGAAGCAGGUUACGACGGCGUCGAGGUCAUGGGAUCCGAAGGUUACUUGAUCAAUCAGUUUAUCGUCAAGCACACGAACAAGCGCACGGACGAGUGGGGCGGCGACUACAAGAACCGCAUUAAGUUCCCCGUGGAAAUUGUGCGGCAGAUGCGUCGGGCGGUUGGCCCGGAUUUUAUCAUCAUCUUUCGGCUGUCCAUGUUGGAUUUGGUCCAAGACGGCAGUUCGUGGGAAGAGAUCGUCGAACUGGCCAAAGAAAUCGAAGCCGCCGGCGCGACGCUGCUCAACACUGGCAUCGGGUGGCACGAAGCGCGAGUGCCGACGAUUGCGACCAGCGUGCCCCGGGGUGGCUUUUCCUGGGUCACGGGCAAACUCAUGGGCGAAGUGGACAUUCCACUGAUCACGACCAACCGCAUCAACACACCUGACGUCGCUGAAGCCAUUUUAUCCAACAAACAUGCUGAUAUGGUAUCGAUGGCUCGUCCGUUCCUGGCCGACCCCGAGUUUGUUCAAAAGGCCAAGGAAGGCCGCGCCGACGAAAUCAACACGUGCAUUGGGUGCAACCAGGCGUGUCUGGACCACACGUUCAAAGGGAUCACAGCGUCGUGCUUGGUGAAUCCCCGCGCGUGCUACGAAACCGAACUCAACUACCGCCCCACCCAGUAUCCGUUAAAGGUGGCCGUGGUGGGCGCCGGUCCGGCAGGGUUGGCGUGCGCAAGCGUCGCCGCUGAGCGGGGCCACGACGUGACGUUGUACGACAAGCACGAAGAGAUUGGCGGCCAAUUCAACCUGGCCAAGCAAAUCCCCGGCAAAGAAGAGUUUUACGAAACCCUGCGCUAUUUUGGCAAACAAAUCAAGAAACAUGGCGUCAAAGUGCAGCUGGGGCAAUAUGUUGACGCCCAACACUUGAUUGACAACCAGUUUGAUCGGGUGGUCAUGGCCACGGGUAUCACGCCGCGCAAGCUCACGAUCGAAGGCGCCGCCAGUAGCCCCAAGGUGGUGAGCUACGUGGAUGUCCUAAACGGAAACGUGACGCUGGGCCACCGCGUGGCCAUAGUCGGCGCCGGCGGCAUCGGCUUCGACGUAGCCGAGUAUGCCACGCACACGGGCACAUCUCCCAGCUUGGACAUUGACUUGUACGCGGAUGAGUGGGGUAUCGACCGCACCAUGACCAACCGCGGGGGGCUCGCGCCUCGGCACGUCCAUCCCCCGCCGAUCCGCAAAGUGUACUUGUUGCAGCGCAAAUCGACUAAACUCGGCAAGGACCUGGGCAAAACCACAGGGUGGAUUCACAGACUAUCGCUGCAGCACCGCGACGUUGAGAUGAUUGGCGGCAUCUCGUACGACAAGGUGGAUGACCAGGGUUUGUACAUCACCAAAACCAAAACCAACGAGCAGCUGCUGCUCCAAGUGGAUCACAUCGUCGUGUGCGCCGGACAAAUACCCCUGCGGGACCUAGAGCCGGCUCUCCAGAAGAGCAACAUCCCCGUGUUCCGCAUCGGCGGGUCCGACGAGGCCUCGGAACUCGACGCCAAGCGCGCCAUCAACCAAGGCUCCCGCCUCGCCGCGAAAAUUGAAACGGCCACCCCUGGGGAACCCCUUGGCCCCCUCCCGACCUGGUCCGAGAAGGCGGUGGCGUACACGAUGCAGUUCUUUCAGAAAUAAGGCUUCAAUCCACCGUACAAUCCAUAUAUUAAUAGUAUUCAUUUUUAUAAUAAUACUAGUAGUGUAGUAGUACUUUUAUUAAUACAACUACGUACUAAUAAUAUUAAUACUGGUU